UUUGCCGAACGGGUAUACACCGUGCUCCACUUAAUUGUUUUUUCCCUUCCAUGCUAUGUAACAACUCUUCCAAUUAAAUAAUUGAAGGAAGGUGUACUAGUAAAUACAUAAAAAACAGCAAGUUUUGCAGAAAAGCUAGCUUAGUUUCUUCAAAUACAAUUUACAUUUCACAAGUGACGGGUUUUUAGCUAAAUUUUUCACUUGAAUUUUUUUUGUAAAAAAUAUUCGAGUAUAUAAUAAUUAUUGAAUAUAUACCACCUGAAUACUGAAAGCCGUGGAAAAUUAGAGUUUAAUUAACCAACUCAUAGUUCCGAUAUGGAGCGAAAUGAAAAGAAGAAAAAUAAAACGGACAAGACAAAAAAUUUUGUGGAGGACCACGGAUAUUUUUUUGAAAGGCACGAAGUAACAACGGAGGACGGAUACAUUUUACAAGUUCAGCGACUCUUGAAACGAGAUAACUCCUCUCCAAUCGAUGCAUCUGACAACGGCAAAGGCCUCGAAAUAACCGACACCCUUGAACAACCACAACCACGACGACCCGCAGUACUACUUGUGCAUGGAUUACUGUGUCGAGGAGAAAGUUGGUGUGCAACUGAAAACAGCUUACCCAACAUACUCUUGGAGAAAGGAUACGAUUGUUGGCUACCAAGCUUGAGAGGAACAUCAGGAUCUAGGAAACAUGUUGAACUUGCGUCAAAUUCUAAGAAAUAUUGGGAUUUCUCAUUCCAUGAAAUGGGAGUUUUUGAUAUGCCAGCAAUCACCGAUUACGUUCUGAAUAUUACAGGGAAUACUAAUCUCUCUUACAUUGGGCAUUCAAUGGGAUGCAGCGUUUUCUGCAUUUUCUUAUCCAUGCACCCAGAAUAUUGCUCGAAAAUCAAUGUAUGCGUUGCACUGGCUCCGUCUUUUUAUGGGAAAUAUAUUCGUAGCUUACUUCUCAAAUCUACAUUUCCAGUCGGAAAUUAUCUGGGAAGAAGUAAAUAUUUUCGGGAGCGUCCAAUUUGUAAAUGGACAGCAUACCAGUGUUUGAGAUAUCUUGUUCCAAAAUCGAAAAAGGACCGUGUUGCAGGUUGGUUGAUUCGAAUUUCAGGAGAAAUUAUGGAUAUAAAUGGUGGUAAAGGAAUUGAAAAGAAAACGUAUCGUACACUCUCGACAGAGUUACCAAACUCAACCUCCAUGAAACUUUAUUGUCACGGAGUACAAUGUUUUUGGACAGAUAAAUUUCGAAUGUACGAUUACGGCAAAUCUAAGAAUGAAAAGAUUUACGGUCAGUCGAAACCUCCUGAAUAUCAACGUGGAAAUAUUUUAGCUCCUGUUGCUACCUUCUCGUCGACUGGGGAUCAUUUAUGCCCACCUCCCGACGUUAAACGCCUGUCAGAUGAACUUCCAAACCUUAUUGGGUACAAUUGCAUAGAAGAUGAAAAAUUUUCACAUGUUGAUUUCGUUGCUGGAAAAAAUGCUCCUGUUCUCCUUUAUGACAGUAUCAUCAAAACUAUUGCAGAAUACACAUCCAAAUAAUUAUGCAAUAGUUAUAAUCAAGCUGUUUAUGUGAAGCUUUGUAACACUCCUAACUGGCAACUCUAAUAAAGGUUACCUUUUUUACAAAAAUCUUAAAGCAGAAAA